CAGUCACGCGACGCCGCCUAUUUUUUGCAAUUAUCAAGAUUCUCCCACCUGCAAUCUGCAUCAUUCCCCGUCAUCAUCUUUUGUCCUUAAUCACUUCAUCAUCAUCCUCAUGAUCAUAAACAUACUCAGUAUUCUUUUUGUUUUCCUUUUGGGAUCGAUGAUCAUUGAAAAGGAAAAAUGGCAUCUUGGAAUUCAGUUGAACUGGAAGUUCUCUUCUACGUUUUGGGUUGGAUUUCAUUUUGUUCAUGGGCCAUCUGUUUCUACCCUCAGCUCAUCUUAAACUUCCGAAGGAAAAGUGUGCAGGGUUUGAAUUUCGAUUUCGUGGUGUUGAACUUGACGAAACACACUUCUUAUUUGAUUUACAAUGCGUCUCUUUUCUUCAGCUCCACGGUUCAGAGACAGUACCGCCAGAAAUAUGGGUUUAACCAGAUGAUACCAGUGGCUGUCAAUGAUGUAGCUUUUUCGCUGCAUGCUGUUUUGAUGACCGCUUUAACCUUGUUUCAAGUUGCAAUUUAUGAUCGCGGGAACCAGAAAUUCUCGAAAAUUGCAAUCGCAAUUGUGUCUGUGGCUUGGUUAUCUGCUGCAGCUUGUGUCUUUGUUGCUCUGCCUACCCACUCGUGGUAUUGGCUGGUAUCCUGCUUCAACACUUUGCAGAUUGUUAUGACCACUAUCAAAUAUAUGCCUCAGGCUGUCUUUAACUUUCAACGUAAGAGCACAAGUGGGUUUAGUAUGGGGUAUGUUUCAUUCGAUUUUCUUGGAAGCACAACAAGUUUCUGUCAGAUGAUGGUGCAGUCAAUAGAUCAAAGGUCGUGGGUGAACUUGUAUGGAAACAUAGGCAAGACUUUGCUAUCUUUGGUGAGUAUCUUCUUUGACAUCCUGUUCAUGGUCCAACAUUUUGUGUUAUAUACAUCGAAGAAGAAGACGAACGUCUCUCCCAGUGAUGAUGCAGUAAGCAAGGAGCCGAUGCUUAGACCCUCCUACGAUCAACAUCAAAAUGAUGUGUGUUAAAAAUGAGUCUUCCAGUAAACAUGUUUUUUACAUUCUUAAAUGCCCGACUGUUUUCUGGGAUUCUGGUUCUGUACCGCAGUGCGGAUCCAGGCAAAACCAAACAUACGCCAAUUUUGUAAAAACAAAAAGAAAUCUUUACAUUAUUUUACUAAUUUUCCCUCAGUUUGCUCACAAGUAUGUGGGUUAAUUCUUGUCAUUUCAUAGUGCGGCUGGCAUAUAUAUGUAUGAAAUGUGAAGGAUUUUUGGGGAUAA